AUCGAGCUCUUGUUAUUACUGCGAAACACGUGCGAUCGAAAACAUUAACAAAUUAUUUAAAAAAUAUGAAGAAAACGGUGGAAGAAAGUUCUUCAGAAUCGGACGAGCUCGUUGCCGAAAACUCUGAGGAGUCUGAAGACGAAAGCGAGCCGGAUUUGGCAGCCAGCUCCACGGAAUCCGAUGAAGACGACUCGGAGCAAUCUUCCAACGAUGAGGAGACAGCCACACCAACCAAGAGCCGAGCAGAGAUUAUUGAAGAAAAGAUCCAGAACAAGUAUGAUAAACUUAAGGGCAGGCGCCUUUUUGUUCGCUUUCCACAGAAGUUACCAGAAGACGAGCAGGAGUUCCAGGCCAAGGUCAAGUCCCUCCACCCUCUGGUAUCCAAAUCGACAAAGCCGCGCCAAAAGCACGCUCGUUUUUGUCUGGUUGAGUUCAAAUCACAGGAAGAUCGCGAUAAAGCUUGCGGAGAUAUCAAAACAUCUAUAGAAACUGAUGCUGCGUUCAAGGGGAUCUUCGUCUCUCUACCGAAGACCGAUUCGGAUGAGUUUGUGAAUUCACUUGUGACCAAACAACAGCUUUCGGUGGAGAACAAGAGGACCAAGUCCCUAAUGAAGCGUGAAGCGAAAAAGGGCCUACGCAAGGGCAACUUCACAUCGUCCGUCGUCAUCACGAACCUGCCCAAGACGAGCUCCGUGGUGCAGGUGCGCCAGUUGUUCGAGAAUGCAGUUGACAUUCAAAUAAAGCCGGGCAAGGGCAAGUUCCGUGAGUUUAGUGCAGCGACCGUAACCCUACCCACCACAUUCGAUGCACGCAAGGCCAUCAAACAGGACCUCAGUCUGGGCGGCACCAAGCUGCAGCUACGCUUCAACACCAAAGAGCAGAAGCGCAAGCCGAAGGAUAAGCUCAAGCGCAAAGCAGGAAACGGGGAAGUCCCGAAAACACCGAAAAAGUUGAAGAAACUUGAGGCAAACUAGCAGAUAAUGUAAUAUAAUCUAGGAAUCCGUAUAAAUAAAAUGUUUUGACCCGAA